AUGCUUCAGCAGAUUCUGCAUGACAUGUACAUCGACCCUGAGCUCCUCGCUGAGCUCAGCGAUGUGCAGAAGCACAUCCUCUUCUACAAAAUGCGCGAGGAGCAGCUGAGACGCUGGAGGGAGCGUGAGGCUUGGGAGGCCCUGGCCCAGGUUGAGGGCCUCAGGCCCCCCAGGGUCAAGCGAGCGAGUGACAAGCACAUCCAGUGGCUGCUGGGGGCAGAUGGCGAGGUCUGGGUCUGGAUCAUGGGAGAAGGUCCCGGCGACAAGCCCUAUGAAGAGAUCUCUGAGGAGCUGAUUGCAGAGAGAGCGCGGCUGCAGGCACAGCGGGAAGCCGAGGAACUCUGGAGACAGAAGGAGGCAGAGAUCACCACAAAGUUCCGGGAUGCUCUGGCCAAUGAGAAAGCCCGGAUCCUGGCAGAGAAGUGGAAGGUGGAGAUGGAGGACCGCAAAGCUGCCAAAGUCCUGGAGGAGCGCAUCCAUGAGGAAUUCAAGAGGAAAGAGGAAGAGGAGAGGAAGCGAGGAGAAGAGCAAAUUCGCUUCCAGGAAGAGCAGAGGGCGAAGGAACUCUACUGGACCCUGAAGCAGGCCCAGCUGCAAAGCCACCCCAGCGAGAAGGAGGAACGUGAGUGGGAAGAACAGUUGCGCCGAUCCAAGGCGGCUGACGAGGAGAGGAGCCGCCGAGCCCAGCGCGCCCGGGACGAGUACCAGCGUCACUCGCUCCGCGCCAUCCAGAAGGGCACCGUUGCCGGACUCAGCUCCAGGUUCCAAGAGCUCGGCCAGAGCCAUGAGCAGGAGGCGAGACUCGACCACCGCCUCCCAGGCCCGGGGCCGCUUUCAUCCCUGGCCGUGCCUGGCAGAACCUGGGAGCGGCCCCUGCGCCCCGUCUCCAGAGAAGUCAUAGUCCGCUGGUUUAAGGAGGAGCAGCUGCCUCGCCGAGCAGGCUUCGAGAGGAACACCAAAGCCAUCGCCCCCUGGUUCCACGGAAUUAUCAGCCGAGAAGAUGCCGAAGAUCUCCUUGAGAAUAUGACCGAGGGUGCAUUUCUGGUCCGGGUCAGUGAGAAAAUCUGGGGUUAUACCCUCUCCUACCGCCUGCAGAACGGGUUCAAGCAUUUUCUUGUGGAUGCCUCUGGGGAUUUUUACAGCUUCCUGGGAGUGGACCCCAAUCGCCAUGCGACACUCACGGAUCUCAUUGAUUUCCACAAGGAGGAAAUUAUCACUGUUUCAGGGGGAGAGUUGCUGCAGGAACCCUGUGGACAGCGGGACAGCCCACCAGACUACCAUCUGUUGUUUGAAUGA